CGCUGAUACUGUCUAUGACAAACCUGUCAGCAGACAGGAAGCUGCCUGUCGUUUUAUUUUUACUUAGUCCUAAAUAUUCGUCUCGAAACUAAAUACUGAUAUGGGGCAACAGUGCUAUAUACUAGUGUACAGUAUGUGCUACCGUCAUGUGUUUCCAGGGGAACAUAUAGGAGACGGACUUGUAAACAUUUCAAGUGUGGGGCGUUCUUAUUAUACAUCCAUGGGCGUGUGGGGUGUACUGUCAAUUGGGCUAGCCUUAAAGUGCUAGCUUUCCUCUACGUGUAACUUGCAGGCAUGGGUUCAGGAAAUGUGAUACGAGUUCAGCUAGCGAGCCUACUGAACCAGCACCUAGAGGCUCUGCUUGCUGCAUUUUUCAACCUGUUUUUCACUAAUGUUUACAUGUUAACUAGUUAGCUCGUCAUACCGGCCAUUAGUGAAGAUAUGAAAUUACUCUUUCUUGCUUGCCUCAGUCCUAAAACUGGAAACCACACUACAGCUGAGAGAAUAAGGUCCCACAUUGAAUCAGCUGGACACACCUGUGAGCUCAGAGAUGCAGCAGAGUUUCAGUCUCCUGCUGAGGUGGCAAACCUGAUAUCUAGUAAUCCUACAUUUGAGGGUGCACUGGCCAUCCAUCUAUUCAAAGCAGGCAGACUUCUCUUAGACAUCCAAGUACCCUUUGGUGUUAUCUUUGGCGGAACAGAUAUAAAUGAAGAUGUGAAAGUUGAGCAGAAGCGUGUGGUUAUGGAGCAGGUGCUACAGAAAGCCAGGUUUGCUGUUGCAUUCACUGACAAAUUGAAAGAAGAAGCAGAAUUAUAUUUGCUGUCCCAGAGCAGUAGAAUCUAUGUGCAGCCCCAAGGUAUCCAGACUGAAGUGAGUGAGACAUUCUGCUGGAGUGAAUUCUUGAGGAGCUCAGAUGCGAGCAUAGAGCACGUGGAUGAGCUGCGUGUCUUCCUCUUGGUCUGUGGACUCAGACGAGUCAAGGACCCCCUUUAUCUGGUGGAGGUUUUUCGAGAGUGGCAUUAUGAGAAUCCACUGAAUGUUCUGUUCAUUAUUGGGCCAAAGUGUACAGUGUGUUUGUGUCUGUUCUUUCUUUCAAACAGUGUUGUGAGGCAAAAGAUUGAUCCUGUAUUUACUGUUGAAGUGGAAGCUGUUGUUAAAAGCAGGGGUCUUCUUGGCCCAGGAGAGGAGCCAACAGGAGCUUCACGCUGCCAUGAAACGGUGCUUCGCCGUGGUAAACAGCUCCGUCUCAGAGGGCAUGUCAGCAGCCAUUUUGGAGGCCAUGGAUCUCGGGGUACCUGUGUUGGCCAGGGACAUUCCAGGAAAUGCAGCCGUAGUCCAGCAUGAGUUCACUGGCCUGCUGUACUCGUCUCCUCAGGAAUUUGUGAAUCAAUCUCACAGGCUGUUAUCAGAUCACGAGCUGAGAGAGAGAGUGGUAAGGAAUGGAAAACUUUACGUGGAAGAGCAUCACGGCCUGAAUCAGGAGAGAGAAACCUACCGGUGGCUGGUGGACACUCUGCUCUGAGCGUAAGGUGACAGCGCUCAACCCCACUCUGUAAACUUUCUCAGGAAGAGCUGGGCAUUACCCUGCUGCAUUUACAUGCUGUAGGUAAAAUGAUCACAGAUGUCUUUAUUCACUGUCUUUUAGGAAAUCAGGCUACAAAGAUGCUGUACAAAAUAAUCUUGUUUUAUCUGUACUGCCGAAUUGAAAUUAUGCUGCAGAGCACUUUGAACCAAAGAACCAGACAAUACAUGGUUGUUUGUCCUGUUAAUAUAUGUAAUGUAUACCUAAAUUGCUAAUGUACUGUUAUUUAUGUUUGGAAUAAAUAUAUAAAUAAGGCUUCUCUUCUUAUCAGUCUACUUAAUAAAAGAGGCAAACAAC